UGUUAAAAUAUGCAAGUGCAACUGUUUUGAAAAUUUUCCCCCUUAAUAGCAAAUCAAUUUCUGUAGGAGGGAAACAGAGGAAAACCAGUAUCACCGGCGAACCGUCGCCGGAAAAUCAUUCUCGCCGUUUGCCCAAAAGAAGCGAUUGAACAGAUCAAAAUGGUAUCGUCGGCUAUAGUGAACACAUACCCACUCUCUAGCUAUACAUUUGGUACAAAAGAGCAUAAAAUGGAGAAGGAUUCAUCCGUUGCUGAUCGUCUUGCUCGUAUGAAAGUCAACUACAUGAGGGAGGGUAUGAGGACAAGUGUUGAAGGAAUUCUCUUGGUACAAGAACAUAAUCAUCCUCAUAUUCUUCUUUUGCAAAUUGGGAACACAUUUUGCAAGCUCCCUGGUGGACGCCUAAAGCCAGGAGAAAAUGAAAUCGAGGGUUUGAAAAGGAAACUCUCCAGCAAACUUGCAGCUAAUCCUCCUGCCAAUCCGCCAAAUUGGAAGAUAGGCGAGUGCGUGGCGACCUGGUGGAGGCCGAACUUUGAAACCAUAAUGUAUCCAUACUGUCCUCCACAUAUAACAAAACCUAAGGAGUGUAAGAAGCUCUACCUUGUUCACUUAUCUGAAAGAGAGUUCUUUGCUGUCCCCAAAAAUCUAAAACUUCUGGCUGUGCCAUUGUUUGAGCUUUAUGACAAUGUUCAGAGAUAUGGACCUGUAAUAUCUACAAUUCCUCAACAACUUUCCAGAUUACAGUUCAACAUGAUCAAUCAAUAGAUAGUAGAUGGAGAUUCAAGUUCUCCUCCGCGAUAAAAAUGAUUUGGUUUGGUUCCCAUAGUUUGAGGGCGACUUGAUUCACUUUUUUACAAUAGGCAGAUAGAUGACUCUCAUCUGAUUGUUUGUGUUAAAUUGGCUUCUUUUGGACGGCCACAACGAUGGGUACAAUAUGCGACUUCGCAGUUACAAUAUUGACUUGUUUUUGCCAACCUAAAUAUUGUCCCCCCUAAUUCUUUCGGAGGGUCUUGUAAAGUUUUUGCAAAAAUAAGUUUUCGAAAAAACAAAUCAUCUACUAACA